UUUCACGCGUACUUACGUGGCCGAAUCUUCGUGCUGCUUACAGCUUAAAUUUUAUUAAAUUGAUGUUUUCCGAGCGAAAUUUGAAUUUCUGAAUAUCCACACAUUUUGAAAAUGGCUGCAAGAAAAGUUUCCUUUUUGAGCAUUCUUUUCUUCGCAGCGACAGUUUUUUCUCAGGAUACCAUCAAUAAUGCCGUCGUAGUGUCUGAAGUCGAACGCACCCUGGAUGCAUCCUCGCAGCUGAUAAAACUAAUCGAGAUCAUAACGCUGGAGACAGCCGGUGGAUCGUCCACGUCGUCCUUCUUGUAUUUUAUCGAGCCCACAUUGCAGGAUCGCUUGGCGCACAUUGAUGCGCGGGUUGUCGGCAAAGAUAAAGCAUCCAGUAGAGUGUUGGAUGUUAAGGAGACAUCAGUCAAAGGACAUGAGAAAUCCAAGGUUUAUCGAAUCAGUUUGCCAUCGAGUCUGACGGGAACCAGCACGGAUAAAAUACGUGUGCAUUCCGUAUACACGCAUGCACAAACGCCGCACCCGACAGAAAUUGGCCAACAGGGACACCAGUUGGUGCAGAUUAAGAGCAAUAUCUACCAUUACUCGCCUUAUCAGACCAGGAAGCAGAAUUUGCGGGUAUUGCUGGCGUCGUCCAAAAUCGAAGCGUUCUCCAAAGAGCCCAAGCCCGUUUCAGACAGCGGAAAGGAAAUCAAAUAUGGACCAUAUGAAAACAUUCCGGCGUUUACAGCUGCUCCACUCGUUUUGCAUUUUGAAAACAAUGCACCGUUCCUUAGCGUUACUAAUUUGGCCCGAUGGAUUGAAGUGUCUCACUGGGGGAAUAUUGCUUUCGAGGACACCGUCGACAUUGCUCACACUGGUGCCAAACUGAAGGGAACUUUUAGCCGACUGGAUUAUCAGCGGGGAUUGACUACGAAAGCUUCAGUCGCUGAGUUCAAAACCCGGCUUCCCAUUUCCGCAAGGGACAUUUAUUAUCGCGAUGAGAUUGGAAACAUUUCCACUAGCCAUGUCAACAAAGGAAAAGAAACUGUGGAUGUGGACGUUCGACCACGUUUUCCCCUUUUUGGUGGCUGGAAAACGCAUUAUGUUCUGGGAUACAACGUUCCGAGCAGCGAUUUCUUGCUGAAAAGUGGCAGCAACUUCGUUUUGCAAGUCCGACUCAUUGAUCAUAUUUAUCAGAACCAGGUGAUCGAUGAUGCUACCAUCAAAAUAAUCCUCCCCGAAGGAGCCAGCAAUAUUGAAAUCCGAGCUCCGUUCAAAUUGGAAAGAUUACCAGAUGAAAAGCAUUAUACCUACCUGGACUUUGUCGGUCGACCUGUCAUUGUUCUCAAAAUAAACAAUGCUGUUGAGGAACACAUCCAACCAAUUCAGAUUAAGUAUGCUUUUGAUCGCUUUAACUUAUUUUAUGAACCCCUUCUCGUGAUCGCGGCCUUCGCUCUCUUGUUUGCGUUUGUUAUUAUUUAUGUCCGCUUCGAUUUUUCUAUUAUGAAAUCCAAACGCGAGUAAUUCCACUGUUUUUAAUUGUUUCAAAGUUGUUAAGAAAUGUUAUUGGUUUCGUCGUUCAUGUGUAGCUGUUAAUGAGGACCUCAUUGAUGCAAUAAAUUUCUCAUCGGGGAAAAA